GUCACCAUUAUUUUCGAAAAAUAUUCAAAAUGAAAUUUUUACUGUAUUUCUUGAAAUUAGUGAGGAAAAAUAUUUUUUCACGAGCAGUUAUUAUUUUGGUCGGAGUCGUUGUGUUCUUAUUGUUUAUUUUGGAAUUUUCAAAAUACUCAAGCAGUGUCAAGAAAGCAAGAUAUACUAAGAAAAGACCCGACGAGGAUCUGGAACAAUAUUUAAUAUUUGUCGGGGGAAUUCCAAGAAGCGGAACAACUCUUAUGAGAAAGAUGUUGGAGUCACAUCCGGAUAUUCGAUGCGGACCCGAGACCCAUGUAAUUCCUUGGUUACUGAAGGACCACUAUGAAUGGACAACCUCUACUAAAGAAUUUGUCCGGUUAGUGGAAGCUGGUGUUGCUCCUCACGCACUGGAUAAUGCAAUGGCAAAAUUUAUAUUGAGCAUUAUUGUACACCAUGGUCCUCCAGCAAAAUAUUUAUGCAACAAGGAUCCUUACUCUUUACAGGCAACCACAUAUCUCCAUGGUUUAUUUCCCAACUCUAAGUUUAUUCUAAUGUUACGUGAUGGCCGGGCGUCCGCACAUUCUGUUAUUUCCAAGGGAAUUACAGUAGGAAAUUGGAAUAUAAAGAGUUAUAGGGAUGUCCUAAUGCAUUGGAACGAUGAAAUUAAUAAUAUGUAUAAAGAAUGUCUCACAUCCGGACCUAAAGUUUGCCUGCCUGUUCAUUAUGAAAAACUUGUGCUUCAACCGGUUGCUACCACGAAAAAGAUUUUCAAUUUCUUGGGAAUACCGUGGUGUAAGGAAGUGCUGCAUCAUGAGGAUCAUGCGAACGAAACGAAACUUUCUGCGUAUGAGCUGUCUACCGAUCAGGUUAAGAAACCAAUAUACCUGGAAGGAUUGACCAAAUGGUUUGGAAAGAUUCCACCAGACGUUGAGAGAGAUAUGGCAUUCAUUGCACCUAUGUUAAAAAUACUUGGAUAUAAUCCAGAAGAACGCAGGCCAAAAUAUGGAGAACCAGAUGAUUUCGUGCUGAAAAAAUUAAACAUUUGAUGUCUAAUUUUAUUUUCAUUUUGGAGAAAUACCAAUGUGAUAUACAUUAUCAAAACUAAUAUUACAUCAGUCAUGUCAAUAAGUUCUAAAAGCAAAGUUGUUUUAUAAAACGCUCGUGAAUGACUGGGUUGGAGAUUGUAGAUUUUACAGAAAUUAGUGUUAGAGUGAAAAUAAUUCUUAUAGAAUACAUGUUUUUUUUUACAAAAUUAUACUUCUUUGACGAAUAAAAUGCUAGACCAGAAUAAGGAUUUACACACACAACCACUCAACCUUUGUCAGCUAUUGGGUCCAACAGGUUCAGUAUCUUUUCAGAUCUACAUACCCUACCAAAUUUCCAACACUGAGUAAAUUGGUAGGCUUGGUUGGUCAACGGCUUAGCCUUAACUGACUUGAGCUUAUUUUUGAGAUAAUAGACAUGCAUGUCUUCGCCACACCAUUAAAA